CGCCUGCGCCAGCCUUUCCUCCGCCGAGCACGCGCCUUCCCCGUCCAAACGCUCGCGCUUCGAGUUUUCCCGCAACAUCCUCGAGAAGUUAGUCACGAGAGACCCGCGCCGCCGUGGAUCGAGGCGCGACAAACGUCCUUCUUAACACCUCGAGCAGCGUCCGCUGGCGUGCCGCGGUUCGUGUGAUCGGUUUUUAUCGAAACAGUUUUGGUUGGCUAAGCUGUAAAACACACCCCUCCCGUGAGGAGUCGACUGAGCUCAGACAGGAGUUUGGUCAUCAGCAUCCGCUCUGCAUUUUUACGGUGUGCUAGCUACCUAUCCGCCUCCACCCUUAUGGAUUUUACUGUACCGUAGUUUUUUAAACGACACAUUUGAAUGCUCGACGCUUGUUUGACUAGGAAGCUGUAUUUUUAAUUAGACGGGUGAGGUAAACGCUGAGGAUCACACACAUGUAGCCGUUGUAAAGCUAGCUGAGGAAGUGGACUGUUACUUUUCCAUCCCUGUAUGGUGGAAGGAGUCGCUCGCCUUGAUGAUUCACUCUUAUGGAGACGCGAAAUGCCACAUAAAGGCUAAUAUCCGCCUCUUUCAGAGAGACUGAUAUCUUCGCCAUCAUUCACAGGAUUACUUGGAGCUGUCUGCAACUGUAGUUAAAUGAGUUAGCUGGGGAUCGAUCAUCCACAGCUAGCCCAUUAGCCAACUCCCCAAGUGAUUCGUUCAGUACAGUAUUAACAGUUUAUGUCGUGUCAGUCUUUUUUUUUAUCGAUAGUCUUUUAGAUUGCGUUUAGAAAAUGUCCUUUUUCAAUUUUCGGAAGAUAUUUAAGCUUGGCACGGAGAAGAAGAAGAAACAAUAUGAGCACGUUCACAGAGACAUCAACCCAGAGGAGAUUUGGGAGAUCGUGGGAGAACUUGGGGAUGGAGCCUUUGGGAAAGUCUACAAGGCUCAGAACAAACAGACCGGGAUCCUGGCUGCAGCUAAAGUGAUCGAUACCAAAACAGAAGAGGAGCUGGAGGACUACAUGGUAGAGAUCGACAUCCUCGCCUCCUGUGACCAUCACUACAUAGUCAAACUGCUGGAUGCUUUCUAUUAUGAGAGCAAACUAUGGAUUCUCAUUGAGUUUUGUGCUGGAGGAGCAGUGGACGCUGUGAUGUUGGAGCUGGAGAGGCCAUUGACAGAGCCUCAGAUCCGGGUUGUGUGUAAACAGUCGCUGGAGGCACUGACUUACCUCCAUGAGAGUAAGAUUAUACACCGGGACCUGAAAGCUGGAAAUAUUCUCUUUACCUCAGAUGGAGAUGUCAAAUUGGCUGACUUUGGAGUGUCUGCAAAGAAUACAAAGACCCUUCAGAGAAGAGACUCUUUUAUUGGAACACCAUACUGGAUGGCACCCGAGGUGGUGAUGUGCGAGACGUCAAAGGACAGACCGUACGACUACAAAGCGGACAUCUGGUCCCUGGGGGUGACUCUGAUCGAGCUGGCACAGAUCGAGCCGCCCAACCACGAGAUGAACCCAAUGAGAGUCCUGCUAAAAAUAGCAAAGUCUGAGCCCCCCACACUUGCAACACCAUCACGAUGGUCUCCUGAGUUUAGUGAUUUCCUGCGGAAAGCACUGGAUAAAAAUGUAGACAAUAGGUGGAGUGCAUUGCAGCUCUUACAGCAUCCAUUUGUUUCAAAUGUGGUGGAUAACAAACCACUGCGAGAGCUGAUUGCUGAGGCUAAAGCUGAAGUGUUUGAGGAGUUUGAAGAUGGCAAAGAGGAAGAGGAGGAAGAAGAGCCAGAGUCCCAGCCGGUGGUGCCUGGACACAAACGUGCAUUAUCGGACACCAGCGUUGGCAGCUCAGAGGAUGAGAGGCAGUAUCAGAACACGCCAACUCUUGAGUCAGUCACUGAGAAGGCUGAACCUGAAAGAAACCCCACUUCAGAGGUUCAAGCUAGUGAUAAGACCUCUGACAUGGUGGUAGAUGCCACUGAACCCAACCAAGCUGAGGAUGAGAAGAUGAAUGAGGCCAGUCCAUCAGACACCAGCACUGAGGAAUCACGUUCUGGUGAGGAGGCUAUUCCAAAACACGAAGAAUCACACGCUCCUGUGACCACAGAAGUAGAGAUUUCUGAUAAGCCAAAUCCUCCUGAAUCAAAUGAUACUAUCCUUCAAGAGAUUGUAACCGUCAGUGAGGAAACUGGGGAGGAAGAAAAGAAGGAAGUGAAGGUGGAAGAGCCAGCAGAGAAGAAAAAAGAAGAGUGUAAAGAAACACAGCAAGAAGCCAAAACACAAACCACGGAAGAGGAACCUACCGUGCCUUCAGAUAUAGCUGAAUUAGAGAACAAAUCUGAUGGAUUUACUGAAGAAGCUGUCACUGAACCAACUGAGGUUUCAGAAAAAACUGAAAACAAAAUUGAGACGGAGGGAGAUAUGAAUAAAAAGGAGCUGAUGGAAGAUGAGAGAACUGUACCCACACCAAAUGUCCCGACAGAAGAGUUAAAGGAGGAGCAAGCUGAAACUUCACCAGAUGUUUCUACUGAAGUGGUAACAGAGGAUCUUCCUCCAGUGGCAACAGAGGACCAAGAAAAAGCUGUAGAUAAGAUUAAGAGUUCAGAACCCAAAGACGAUCUUGCAACCAAGGGGGUAGAUGUAGUAGAAGACAACUCUGUGAAUGAAUUCCCUGUUGUUGUUAUCAAUGGUGUAAAAGAAGAGGAGGUCAGUGCAACAGAGGAACCUCAAGAAGCCCAUGAAGACAGACCAGAGAUCCAGGAAGCACCAACCGUGGCUGAGAGUGACCAAAAUGCAGAGGUAGCAAAACGUGAUGUUGAAAAGGAGAAAGACUCUGACUCCGGCAGCAGUUCUGCUGCAGAUACUAACAGCAUUGACAUUAAUCUGUCAAUCUCCAGCUUCCUCUCCAAAAGCAAAGAAGGAUCGGUUUCAAUACAGGACACCAAGCGCCAAAAGAAAACACUGAAAAAGACCCGUAAGUUUAUGGUUGACGGGGUGGAAGUCAGUGUCACCACAUCCAAGAUUGUCACCGACAAUGACACCAAGAGUGAGGAACUGAGAUUUUUGAGGCGUCAGGAGCUACGAGAACUGAGGCUGCUGCAAAAAGAGGAGCAAAGAUCUCAACAGCAGCUCAGCAAUAAACUGCAGCAGCAGAAAGAGCAGCUCUUCAGGCGUUUCGAGCAGGAAAUGACGGGGAAGAAACGUCAGUAUGACCAAGAGGUGGAGAACCUUGAGAAGCAGCAGAAACAGACCAUAGAGCGUCUGGAGCAGGACCACACCAACCGGCUAAGAGAUGAGGCCAAGAGGAUCAAAGCAGAGCAGGACAAGGAGCUCUCCAAGUUCCAGAACAUGCUGAAGAACCGCAAAAAAGAGGUCAAACAAGAGGUCGGAAUGUCUCCUAAACACAUGAGAAAAGAGCUCAUGAAACGCUUAAAGGACGACCUAGCAGUCAUUCAACAUGAAGAGGAGCAAGAGUUUCUCCAGAAGCAGCAGCAGGAGCUGGAUGGAGCUCUGAAGAAGAUCAUCCAGCAGCACAAACUAGAGAUCGCCACUAUUGAGAGAGACUGUCUCAACCACAAGCAGCAGCUUAUGAGAGCUCGGGAGGCAGCCAUGUGGGAGCUGGAGGAGCGCCACCUGCAGGAGAAACACCAGUUGCUUAAGCAGCAGCUGAAGGACCAGUACUUCAUGCAGAGACAUCAGCUCCUCAAAAGACAUGACAAGGAGAUGGAGCAGAUGCAGGGUUAUAACCAGCGGCUGAUAGAGGAGAUGAAGAACAGGCAGGCGCAGGAAAGAGCUCGGCUGCCCAAGAUCCAGCGCAGUGAAGCCAAGACCCGUAUGGCGAUGUUUAAAAAGAGCCUGCGGAUCACUGGCACAGGAACACCAGAGCAGGACAGAGAGAAGAUCAAACAGUUUGCCACUCAGGAGGACAAGAGACAGAAGAAUGAGAGACUUCAUCAGCAUCAGAAACAUGAGAACCAGAUGAGAGACCUGCAGCUGCAGUGUGACUCCAACAUCAGAGAACUUCAACAGAUGCAGAAUGAGAAAUGCCACCUCCUGAUUGAGCAUGAAACUCAAAAGCUGAAGGAGCUGGAUGAGGAGCACAGUCAAGAGCUGAAAGACUGGAGAGAGAAGCUUCCGCCCAGAAAGAAGGCUCUGGAGGAAGAGUUCACUCGUAAACUGCAGGAACAGGAAGUCUUCUUUAAGAUGAGUGGAGAGUCCGAAUGCCUCAAUCCUACCACCCAGAGCAGAGUCUCUAAGUUCUACCCCAUUCCCAGUGUGCACUCCUCCGGCUCUUAAUCUUCACUGAGCUUUAUCAAAAGUGAGGAAAAGCCCUUUAGCCUUUUAAAGGUAUGAGAUCAGAAUAGAUGCAUGGGGUUAAAAUCAAAUUCCUAGACAUGCUUUUUUUUUUUUUUUUUUUUUUUGCCACAUUAAAUCCAAUGGAUUAACACUUUAGUUUUCUGAACGUUGUCUUUUGGUCACGUUAAUUUGUGCUUGAGAUGUUAGCACAAAUUAGCAAUGAAUACACUCAGGCAGUAUCAUCUUGUCUUUGUGAGAUACAUGCAUGAGACAGCCUUAACGAGGGUCACGUGAUGCUCAUAACAAACAUCACACAGAAAAUACCACUUAAACGGUGAGCACGUGGACACACUAGUCACCGUUAUACUCAAUUCUCUAAAUGUUCGAGUUGCACAGCUAAUACAUGAAGCUUCAGUGCUGUUUGGUCUUGUAGCAGCUGUUAUAUGUUGUAUUUUUAGGAUACUCCUGUGAAUCUGGCCUGGUUUUAAUGUCCACCUAAAGAUGCUUUUAAAACAAGCUAUUGGUUUUAACUUUUUUCUUUUACUCUUCGUCUUAUGGUUAAAGUUAUUUGCAGUCAAGGAAUGUAACCUGUAAGAUGACAUUGCACACUUUAAAACGAAAACAUAUGCAGUAGUGAUUUCUCUUUAGUGCAUUAUGAAGGAAACGGUGCCCAAAUAUUUGUAUACAAUGAUGUCAUUUCUCAUUUGGCAAGUCACUUUGUGGUCCAGAGUACCCGUUUAUUUUUUUAUAAGCAAAUUAAUUUCACGUAUUUGAAGAAGAAUAGGGCAGUCUUUGGCUUCUUGAAUGUUUCAUAUAUGGUGUUAAAAAGUUAUUUAUGGAUAUAACUGAAGUUGAACGUUUUUAUUGUUAGUUUUUUUUUUUUCCUGUUUCAUCAAUAUAUAAGGGCAAUAUGAACUUGCACACGCUAGAUGGUGUAUCUGAAGUUUAGGUUUUCUUUUUGUUAAAGGACACAUAAUUGGAUAGUCUGAUGUAGAGCAGUGUUUAGUCCAUUGUAGUCUGCAGAAGUGUUUCAGUGAGAAGACAUGAGCAUUUCUCACUGAUGUUGAGGACUUUUCAUCUGAUUCAUUUUUCAUCUCUAUUUUUGAUAACACGUUGUGUGCAAGAAAUGACACACCUGUAUCUUAUCCAUAAUAUGACAUGCUGUGCUCGUAUACUUUUUGCAUGCUGAAAGAAAUCCCAAAUGCUGUAAUUUACCAGACACAUGAACUUUUUGAAUAGACGAUGCAUUUUACAAAGGCUGGUUUUAAAAGUUAGUAUUUGCACAAACAGUGCAUUACACAUCAGGAAACUUGUUCAGAGACAGAAAGAUAGGGCCGAUAUCCCAGUGUCAUACUGCUGAACGGUGACCUUAACCUCCUGCAGCACUUUGAUGGAAUAUCUGAUGCAUUUUUUUGAGGUCAAUUUAUGUAUCUAAUCGCUUGUCCAUUGGUAUACUGUAAUAAUGCUGUAAAUAAAACUCAUUGUAUUUUCUUUGA